AUGGCAUCUCGAUUCAGCAGCAUAAAUACUCAAGACGAUGAAAACUUUUCUUAUCUUGAAUAUACUGGCGGUGAUACCCAGGCUUCACAAUAUGACUACAACGACAUAGACUCGACAUUAAGCUCUCAACAAACAAACACCUACCACGAUGGCUCACAGUCUCAGUUCGUAGAACCUGAUCUAUCGGGCGUCGGCAUCGACGAGCUGGACUCAUUCCGGGAUCUGGCCAUUCUUGAAAAGGAAUUACCUGGACACGCCUGUAGAUACUGUGGAAUUCACGCUGUGAAUUCUGUAUCCAGAUGUGUUACCUGCAACAAAUGGUUCUGUAACUCGCGUGGAAAUACUUCUGGCUCACACAUUAUAAACCACCUUGUUCGGGCGAAGCAUAAGGAA